GCACAUAUGGAGGCUCAUCGCCGUUCCGUGUUUAGGGUCAGUGACGUGAUUGUUUACUAUGAUGGCAACGCCUCUCGCUCUCCCACAGUUUCUCGUGCAUUGUCUUGCAGUUCCCACGUGCCGGCGCACUUUUCUCGGCCUGAUUUGUGAGAUUGCUACGAUUUUCUCGUCUCCGGCGCGUUGUGCAGUUAGAUCGAUCGUGGCUUGGUCGUGGACAGGGCGUCGGAGUCAUCGCCCGUGAUUCACGCUCUUGUCGAGGGAGUUUUCCUGUUAAUUGCCGGUUUUCGCGUCGUGUAAUAGUCCAGCAAGGUGUUUCCUUGUUUUGGCGUGUUGCACCGCGUUGGUGUGCGUGGUGUAGUGUUAUGGAACUAUCGGCUCUCGCCUGCCUCCUGCGGACGGGAGACACAGUGCGAGUGCAGACAUGUUCUCUGCGCUAGCAUACCAGUUGUCCACCACAUUCCUGGAGGAGUGUGACAAGAAGAGCCCUCAGAAGUCCUCGGAGGCCGCCAAGUUCACGGACUACUUCGGGGUCUACGACAACAUGGGAGCUUGCGCCUCCAAAUGCGGGGCUUCCCGUUUCCGGCGGCCGGUCCCCGCCAAGAUGUCGAAGAAGCCGGCGCCCGCGCCGACCCUGCACAAGGUCAUCAUGGUGGGCUCGGGCGGCGUGGGCAAGUCCGCUCUCACCCUCCAGUUCAUGUAUGAUGAGUUCGUCGAGGACUACGAGCCUACUAAAGCCGACAGCUAUAGGAAAAAGGUUGUGCUGGACGGCGAAGAAGUCCAGAUCGACAUCCUGGACACAGCCGGGCAGGAGGACUACGCAGCCAUCCGGGACAACUACUUCCGGUCCGGGGAGGGAUUCCUCUGCGUAUUCUCCAUCACCGAGCCUGAGAGUUUCGACGCCACGCAGGAGUUCAGAGAGCAGAUCCUACGCGUAAAGAACGCCGAGAACAUUCCUUUCCUGCUCGUCGGCAACAAGUCGGACCUGGCGGAGAAACGGCGGGUGCCGCUCGACGCGUGCCGGGAGCGGGCGACGGCCUGGCAGGUGCCUUACGUCGAGACCUCGGCCAAGACGAGGGACAACGUGGACAAGGUGUUCUUCGACCUGAUGCGCGAGAUCCGGUCGCGCAAGUCGGACGACUCGCGCGCCGGCGGCGACGAGGUCAAGAAGAAGAGGAAGCGGAUCAAGUGCGCCAUCCUCUAAGCGACUGUCGACCUUGGGGCCUGGUAAUAAGGCCGUAGUGGCCAGCUGAUUGUGUUAAUAGUAGGACCUGAGAGCUAGCACGUUUGG